AUGUCUGCUCCCCUCCUCUCCACUGCCCAAUUGCUACAACCAGAAAAUCUACUGGUGUUGGUUAUCAAUAUCAUCGUCAUAUUUGGUAAUGCACUAGUCAUGGCAUAUUUUAUCUGUUCCAUUGCACAUUCCAAACGAAUGUGGUCACUUCCCCAUCUGAUUGUCAUUAUCAACGCAGCCGCCAUUAUUUCCCAAAUCGUUGGGCUUUUAAUCAUGUAUAUGCCAAUGGGGAGUUUUACUAGUAUCGUUAUGGGCAUUAGUCUAGUUGUCGGACUGCUAUGUCUUUUGGGUUUGAUGCUACUUCAAUUAGAGAUUCGGAUUGCAUUUUCAGCGCUUUUACGAGCCCGCGAAACUGAGCGGAUUGGACAACCUCGAGCAAUCAUGGUAUUGGUACUGAUUCAUAUUUUCUUUUGUUGGGCAGACUAUAUGUUUUUGUUCGGAAAUCCUACCCGUUUUACUAUAUGGUGGCAUAGUAUUGGUUUACCCCUCCAAGUAAUUUGGAUCACUUCUGUGAGCAUGUACCAAACAGUUGUUAUUUCCAAACAGCUGUUUAUCCACCACCAAAAUCUGGGCCAGCCCAUCUCCAACUCAAAAAGCUACCAGAUUACCGUGCCGCUGGUCUUGGGAACAGUAUUAGGGAUUGCUGCGGUCGGGUUUGUUAUUAGUAGUGGACUUUUUGGCAGUUAUCCGCCUGAUUCGCCCUAUUACAAUCCUGCAUGUCUAUUCUAUCAAUUGGCAACCAUUUGUCUAGGAUGUGAGGUGAUUUUCGAAUCCGUGGCUCUUUUAUCAUUUACCCUCAAAAUCGCCUCUUGGUCAUCCAUCAAAACUCCACCGUCGUCCAAUACUGACCAUAAAGAAACUAUCGCUGUGCUCGGAUAUUCGAGAUUGUCCCAGCUAUCAUCAGGCUCUCCUUCGCGCUUUACCAUAUAA